AUUUGCAACACCGAAAUCCCUCUGCAAACCGCCCGAUCCAAGCUCCCACGACCCCAACAGUCGGAGCACCCAGCUCUACUGAUUCGUACAAAUAUCCGCCAUAAUGAGCCGCGAACCCCUUCCGUCCUCAAUGGAUACUGCGGAGAGCACCAAUUUCGCGAGGAAAGCGGCAUGCAGAAAUUUACCAGACGCCUUAAAGAAGAGCCCUUGGUUCCACUAGGAUGCGCCGCCACAUGUUACGCCCUCUACCGCGCCUACCGAUCUAUGAAAGCCGGCGACUCCGCCGAGAUGAACCGCAUGUUCCGCGCCCGUAUCUUCGCCCAGGCAUUCACACUAGUCGCCUUGGUGGCAGGCGGUAUGUAUUUCAAGACCGAGCGCCAGCAGCGCCGCGAAUUCGAGAAGGCUGUGGAGGAGCGUAAAUCACAAGAAAAGCGCGAUGCUUGGUUGCGGGAGCUGGAGGUCCGUGACAAAGAAGAUCGUGAGUGGCGUGAGCGCCAUGCUGCUAUCGAGGCUGCGGCGAAGGAGGCUGGACAGAAGCCCCAGCAGCCAGAUGCCGCUCGCGCGUCGAUUGAGCCGGCAGAUGAGAAGAAGGUCGGUGUUUUGGAUGCCGUGAGGGUUUUGCUGGCCAAGCGGAACUAGGGUGAUCCUUGCCCUUGUAAAAUACUAUGACACGUUGUAGUGAUUGAUCUGUAUUAUUUUUGUAUAUAGCUGCUCCAAUCUCCACCAAGCAUUUGACGUUUCUAGGUUUACUCUGAAGUCAC